CAAUUCUUCUAUGCUGCCCGUUCAGUUGAUCGAAGAAGGUUUACUUUGUCGCGCGUGCAAAUCGAACGUUUCCGCGAGUGCAUCUUCAUUUCCCAAAAGAAGAUCGAGAACGUUUAACUGUUUUCUUAUUUUUCUGUGCGUGUGGUCAAGUGAAAUUCAACAAUGGGAAGUGUGUUGGAGGUUUCGAAAGCCCUACUGCUGAUCAUGUGUUGUCGGAGCAUAUUUGGACCAUCGGGUUUACCGACGGCUUGUGCCCAAAUCGAUGGCAGCUUCUGGUGGAUGAACUCAAAUUUGAUUAAGAAGGCUGAAGAUUAUCGUGAGGAGAAGGACGUUAAGGCAAUCGUGGUGAACAAUGAAACCGAUAUCGACUCGAUUCGCCUGAGCGAAAACGUAUUAUCGGAUACAACGAACGACUCACCAGAUUGCAUAUGCGUACCAAGCGACCGAUGCCGGAGCUCAGCUGGGGGAACCUUGGGAAGAGAUGGUCUCUGUGGACGUGAGUACACGUGUUGCAGGCGUAAUCUCAUCAUUCCCACGCAUCACACCUCGUCUUCAUAUGCUUCGGCAUCAGCCGGAAGUGCACAACACGAAGCAUCUGCUAUCAACUUAAACCUUCCUUUGAAUGCUACACCAGUGCAAGCCAUUCCAGAUCUGGCCCUUCUGAACGAAAUAUCAUCUCUCCUGCAACAGUUCAAUAACCCUACCGCAGGGGGUCAACCGCAACACUUUGAGCCAGAGGCCGAAUUCAUCUUCGAAACCAUCCCCGCAACAGUUCCGACCACUGCCAGUCCUUCUCCUCCGGUCACGAAACCCACGCCUCCCACCACCUCUAAACCGUCGCAAGCUCAAAAAGCGAAAAAGUGUGGUCGCCGUCAGAUGUCGCUUUCAAGCCGCGUUUACUUUCCGGAUGAUGACGGCAAAAGUCUGGAGGAGCACCGCAGUGGCGCGGUCAGCUUCGGAGAGUUCCCCUGGACGGUUUACAUCGAAGAACGAGUUCACAAUGGGUCCUUCGUGUACAAAUGUGGUGGAGCGUUGGUCACACCCAGAGCGGUUGUCACCGUUGGUCAUUGCGUCGCCAACGCCCGCAAUCAUCCGAAAAACUUCCGAAUUACAGCAGGCGAUUGGGAUCGCCGCCAUAGCCAGGAGAAACUUCCCAAUCAGGUGCGAGCGGUUGAUCGGAUCGUUCUUCACCACAACUACUACUCCGGGUCACUGUACAACGAUAUUGCCAUCCUUAUAGUCAACAAUUCAUUCAACGAUUCCGCGAGAAACGUCGGUCCGGUGUGCCUUCCAUCCACUGGGGAUAAUUUCCAAGAAAGUGACUGCCUUCUUUCGGGUUGGGGUGCGACUCCAAAGAAUCCCGACCGAGAAGAGCCCAUCCAGCGGUUCGUGGGGAUGAAUCUCAUCGAAUCGAAUCACUGUCAGACGAGGAUGCAGAAAAGUUCGCCUCUUGGACGCAGAUUUCAACUGCAUGAAAGUGUUCUUUGUGCCGGAGGAACUCCGGGUCUGGAUUCCUGCAAAGGAUCUGGCGGGAGUCCUUUGGUGUGUGAAGUGAAUGGAGGUUACACACUGGCAGGCCUUAUGUCUUGGAGCAUCGGCUGUGGAUCUGAAAGUCCUGGGGUAUUCGCUAACGUUGCGUAUCAUUCCACGUGGAUAAAGUACGUGGUUGAUGGGUUGGAAGAUAAUGUACUAUAUUUUGUUUAGCGAGUUUUUCUCAUUUGUUAUUUGCGCAUGUUACGAAUGACUGAUUUUGUAAUGUAAUAAUUAUCUGUAAGCAAUACAUGUACAUAUUUGAUCUGUAGUUUAGUUGG